GUUGUGGGUGGUACUUGUGCACCAUGCAGCGUCGAGUGGUCAUUCAGUAACAGAAGAAAAAUGGCAAAGCACCAGUCUCUCUGCUGUUGCUUUAGCUAGUGUUUUCUAAAGACCAUGUGAUAUUGACGAAGCCGGAAGAGACUCCGGGAAACAUCAGCGACGCAGUGCUAACUCCCAGCUAACGUUAGCAUAGGAAUAAGCCAUGGCCGAGGCCGGAGCCCAUCUGACCUCCACCUCUGCCAACGAGCAGCCGUCCAUCUUCGAGGUCCUGGCUCAGGAGUCUCUGAUGGAGGCGGUCCGACCGGCACUGAGACACGCUGUCAAGGUUCUGGCAGAGUCCAACCCGUCCCGUUUCGGCUUCCUGUGGCACCGCUUCGAUGAGCUCUACCUGCUGCUAGACCUCCUCCUCCAGAACCACUUCCUGUCCCACUGCAGCGCCUCCUUCUCCGAGAACUUCUACGGCCUGAAGAGAGUGUCUGGAUGGCGAGGAUUCCCUGUUCGCGGGAAGUCGCGCUGGCGCUCUCUCCUCCUCCUGUGCCUGGCGCCGUACCUCCGGGCCAAGCUGGAGGCGACACUGGCUCGGCAGAGGGACGAGGAGGACUUCUCCAUCCGGCUGGCGCAGACCCGGAGCCAGAGGCUGUACCGGGCGGCCGUGGCGGCGUACCCGUACGUCAGCUCUGCCUGGCAGGCCUGGGUCUUCUGCCAGCAGCUGCUCUUUGUCUUUGGAGUCGCCGGGACCCAUAAUCCCCUGCUGUGGCUGGCCAGGGUCAGACUGGCACGACUGAACGCUCAGGAUAUCAGAGACAUGGAGCUGAAGAGCAGCAGACCUGGCAACCCAGCUGACGGGAGCCUGUUGCAGAGAGGCUGGUGGUUGAUGUCUCAGGCGGCGCGUGGCGCGGCCGUGUCCCUCUCCACCUCCCUCUCUCUGGGCGUCUUCUUCCUGCAGUUCCUGGAGUGGUGGUACUCCUCCGACAACCAGAGUAUUGUUAAGACCCUCACCUCCCUGCCCGCCCCCCCGCCCCCACUCCACCUGCGGCAGGAGCGGAGCGGGCGGGAAUCUCCGUCAGCCAAAGAAGCUCAGCCUGUCGCCAACAGCAGGGACUGUCCGCUGUGCCACGGGCUCCGCACCAACUCCACGGUGCUGUCCACCUCCGGCUACGUCUUCUGCUACCGCUGCAUCUACACUUACGUUAAAGCCAACCGCCGCUGCCCCGUCACCGGCUAUCCCACCGAGCCGCAACACCUCAUCAAGAUCUACUCACCGGAGAGUUAGUACACGUACUAACCACAUAUCCACGUUGACUUACAGAAAACAAACUCUUUCAGAGAGAAAGGAAGUGGCCUUGUUUUUAAAAGAAACUCGGAUAGUGUGAAUCUGUUAAAAUACUGUUUAUUUUUUGGGAUAAGCACAUUGUGUUUCUCUUUUGUAUAAAUGUAAAAAUAUGGGCUCUGAAAUGUACAUAGUGUUUGAUCAAUUGUUCAGUGAUACCAGCUCAUUUAUAUGUGAUUCUGUAAUUCUCUCUCGGCUCACAUCACAUUUAAUAUUCAUAAAUGAAUGGAAAUGUUAGCGGCUAAGAUAGCCAGUGGCAGGUUGGUGAUUGGAUGGCUGGAGUUUAUGCGACAAACCUGACGCUGAAUUAUUUUUAUUGUUAAAAAAAGCUGAUUACAUUAUUUAAAUGAUGAUAUUUAACUCAAAUAAAAUAAAUCAGUUACAACUAAUGAUUAUUUUAAUUAUUUAUUGAGUUAUGUAUUUUUCUCAAUUCAUCUAAAUUGUCAAAAGUAAAAAAAAAAAAAAAAUUCUCACAGCACAAGAGGACAAAUGUCUUUGAACGGCAGUUGAUCAAAUCUUCUACAUUUGAAAACUAACUGGAAACAGUGAAUUUUGGGAGUUUUUGCCUUUUAUAUCAGUUUUCUAGUGGAAAAUGUUCACGUUUUAGUGUUCAAACAAACCAUUUCUCUUAUACUCUUAUACCCAUUGCUGUAUCAGGCUCCCCUCCUGAAAUGCCCAGUCUUCUCUGAAUGGUCAGUGUUUCCAGUCUGCGUCUUUGCAUACUAUGAAACUGCUGUAAACGAGUUUAGCUGCACUUGUACCUUGAACGUUCCAGUGGGAAUCAAAUCCAAAAUCAAGGAGAAAUGAACAACAUUGGCACCUAUGAUUACAGGUUUCUGUGACGGCUGCCUGAGGUAAAUACUGCUACAUGUAUACUGUAUGCCUCUGUCACAAAAUGUUAGCUCAGUAUUUCUACAAAAACUCUGUUAUCUGUUUGUACAGGUGCAUUUGUGAGAAAUGACCUACAGAGUCAACAUUCGUUGUGAAGAGGACGUGACUUCAUGUAGCUACAUGUAGCAGUGUUUAAUAUAAACACUUAAUGUUACAGUAAUUGUCAGGAUGUGUUGGGUGGAAAAAAACAUAUGAAACAAUGGAUGUGAAACAUUAAUUAAUGAUGGUGAAAAUGACUCCUAAUAAACACACAAAAGUAA